CACUGAACUCCUAAAACUAAAAUACCAAUACACCAGAGGCUUCACACAGAUAAAGAGAUACAGAAAUAGAUAAAUAGAAAGAGAGAGAGAAAUGGUGAGUGUCUGAAAGAGAGAGAAAGAGAUGGGGGGGGGCUCCCAGUCGAGCAGGGUAGGCAGCACACAGGCAGGCAAAAGUUUUACAACAGAGAGAAACGGAGGAACCAUUGGAAGGUAUCAUUAUACAAAACUACAGGCAACAGGAUAGCAGUGUCUGGCUGCAGCAGCACCACAGAGGUUAGCUCAGUUCUCCAGUGUUUAAUGGCAGUUAGUGAACAACAGAUAGAAGCAGGAGAAUCACAGUGAGCUUCUGACACAUGGAAGCCAUGGAGGAGUUCAAACGAGGGAGAUCUGAUACCCUGGACAUACAGUCAGAGGGUGAGGAGAUGACCCCGGUUACCCUGGUAACCACAAUGACCCCUGACCCCGAGGUGAACUCUGAGCCUUCCCAGGCAGAGCUGGCUCAGUGUGAGGCGGAGGUCGGAACUCUACUCAGCAUCAUUGCUGAACUCAACAGGAAAAUGGGCGCAUUACAAGCACCAAGUGAUCCAGAUGACCUUAAACCACAGGAGCCAGUCAUCCUCCCUCCGGCUCCAGCCUCCCUGUCCAGCCCCCCUCCAUCCCUCUGCAACCCAGAGAAACACACUGGCACCGCAUCUAAAGCCCCAGUAACCAACAGAGAGGGUAGUGGUGAAGUGUGGUCAGAACUCCAGGGAGUCAUGUCUGUUCUGGAGGGUUCCAUUAACACCAGGAGGGCCUGGGCUGCCUCUCACACUGCCUGUGGCAAGGACGGACAGAUGGAACACCUCACAGCCGCCAGGGACAGCUGGGUACAAGUCACACAGGUCUUAGAGGAGAUGGAGAGAGAGUUUGGGAUCUCGUACCCGUCUGGUCUGCCCCCCGAGGAGCGUCAGCAAUACCAGAAGGACAUCCUGGCACUUCACCAGCGGAACUGUGACCUGCGCAGCAGCCUACAAAGCAGACAGGAAGAACUAGAGGGGGCAAAGGUCACGGUGGGAGACAUAGAGGUUGAGAGGAACAGUCUACAUGAGAGGUUACUGGGCCUCCAUAAGGCGUGGCGAUCAGGCAGCCUCUCUCCUCCCUACAGCUCUUCAGGGAGCUCCAGUGGUGUGGUUCUGAGUCCUGGCUGGGCCUCCCCUGGUUCCCCUGGUUCCCCUUCAUUCCUUGGCUCUCCUCCCUUCCCCGGGUCACCCCUGUUCCUCAGAAGACCCAUCGCCAUGGGGAUCUUCCCGGCCCUCUCUACUGGGGGGGACAUAUCCUCCUCGGCCUCUCCAUCACCCUCCCCCUGGCCUGGGAGUGUCCCACAAGGCAGCCCCUGUCGUAGCCCCAGCCCCAGCGUCAGCCUGGAGGGUGAGACAGACAGACUACAGAGGUGUAUAGAAAGGCUGAAGGCCCGGAACGAGCGUCUGACUGCAGCUCUGGACAAGAGAAAGGGAGAGUCUGAGCUGAUCAGUAUGACGCUCAGCAGACACGAAGCUGACAGCACAGCCCUGCAGAUGGCUCUCCAAUACUGCGAGGAGUGUGAGGAGGCCUACAGUGAGUUACUGUCUGUGUACGAGGGCAGGAGACAGCAGGUCAUACCACACUGGAGACACAUAGCAGGCCCGGUCAUGGAGAGUCAGCAGCCCAACAGUCCCAGGCCGUCCCUUAGGAGUCUAAGAACUGAGGAGUUGUCAACCUCCUUCUCAACACCAGGGGGUGCUGUUGAGACAGAAACACACAUCCAGACCAGGUUCCAUCUCUAUUAUACAGCCAGGGGGUCCGAGGUAGAGGGGUGCGAGGCGGACAUUCGGGAGCGUAUCGAGCGGUUGAAGCAGGACAGGGCAGCAGUGUGUGUCCCUAAGCCAGGGCCUGGGGGAGAGGGGAAUCUCAGCCCAGAUACAGGCACCCUGGCUGGGCUUAGAGGGACCCAUGGAGGACAAGGGGGCCAGGACACCUCCAACCCCCAGAGCACCAAGAGAGAGAAGGCUGUUCUGCUCUAUGACCUGGUCACUGUCAGGGAGGAGAUGUCGGAGCUGCGAGGUUUAAUCCGUCUGACGGAGAAGGAGCGGAGGUGUCUGGACUGGAGUCUGAUGGCCCAGAAGGCCCAGGAUGCAGCUGGAGCCCUGAUCUCUGAGAGCCUCGCUGAGGAGAUAGAGGACAGGAGGACAGAACAGCAGAGGACUUCUGAGAACGAGGACAAGCUAAGCAGCGAUGGAGACAUCCCUGGGCCUCAAAACCGUGCCAUCCUUCGAGAGCUACAGGCUGUCCUGCAACGGGAGCAGGUGCUGAAGAGGAGAGUGUCGGUGGUGAGGGAGUCUCUGGACUUGGUUCUCUCCGACAGCGCCUCUCGCAGGAGAGGCAACGAUGAGCAGAUGGCUCGGCUCGCACAAGCUCACAGCCAUCUGUCUCUGUUUUGCAGCAAGGCCACAGGGUCGUACCGGAACGCUCGCAGGAAGUACAGGGAGAAGCUGUGGAGGCUGGAGAGUCAGGUGUCAGCAAUGUCAGAUCGUCACAUGACCCAGAUCGGGGCCCUGAAGGCCACGCUGGAGGCCAUGGAGUGCAGGAGGGAGGAGACUGUACUCUGACUGAGCUGAGGGCAGCUUCUGGGGACAUUGGUCCUAACUUCUGGUACAGGGUCAGAUAUUAUAAUCCAAAAUGGUUCGGAUGAAUUUGGGAUUUGAGAGUUAGGAUAAGUCUCGUACUACCAUCCUGAUCUCGCGAGUUUACAUAAAAUAUGUUUUACUACUUCUACUUUACUACACCUACUUUACUAUACCUACUUUACCAAACCUACUUUACUAUACCUACUUUACUACACCUACUUUACUACACCUACUUUACUAUACCUACUUUACUACAUCUACUUUACUACAUCUACUUUACUACAUCUACUUUACUCCACCUACUUUACUCCACCUAUUUUACUCCACCUAUUUACUAUCCCUACUUUACUAUCCUUACUUUACUACCCCUACUUUACCAUCCCUACUUUACUAUACCUAUUUUACUAUACCUACUUUACUACCCCUACUUUACUAUCCCUACUUUACUACAACUACUUUACUAUCCCUACUUUACUACACCUACUUUACAAUACCUACUUUACUACACCUACUUUACUAUCCCUACUUUACUACAUCUACUUUACUAUCCCUACUUUACUACACCUACUUUACAAUACCUACUUUACUACACCUACUUUACUACCCCUACUUUACUAUCCCUACUUUGCUAUCCCUACUUUACUACAUCUACUUUACUAUACCUACUUUACUACACCUACUUUACUACACCUACUUUACUAUCCCUACAUCUACUUUACUAUAGCUACUUUACUACACCUACUUUACUAUCCCUACUUUACUACAGCUACUUUACUAUCCCUACUUUACUACACCUACUUUACUACACCUACUUUACCAUCCCUACUUUACCCUCCCUACUUUACUAUCCCUACUUUACUACAGCUACUUUACUAUCCCUACUUUACUACACCUACUUUACCCUCCCUACUUUACCCUCCCUACUUUACUACACCUACUUUACUACACCUACUUUACUAUCCCUACUUUACUACAUCUACUUUACUACACCUACUUUACUACACCUACUUUACUCUACCUACUUUACUAUCCCUACUUUACUAUCCUUACUUUACUACAGCUACUUUACUAUACCUACUUUACUAUACCUACUUUACUAUCCCUACUUUACUAUCCCUACGUUACUACCGCUACUUUACUACCGCUACUUUACUAUACCUACUUUACUAUACCUACUUUACUAUACCUACUUUACUACAGCUACUUUACUACACCUACUUCACUAUCCCUACUUUACUAUCCCUACUUUACUAAGCUACUUUACAUUACUAAUCUACUUUACUAAUCUAUUUUACUAAGCUUGCGGAAUCAGGAUGGUAGUACGAAGCCAAGUAAGGAUUGGACUGAUGAUCAAAUAAUCUGAUCCUUGAUCUGUGCUUAGAGGCAACUGCUCUUGCCAGCCCUGCCUCCAUUCUGGCCAUAUAGAGACGAUGAUGUGUUAUCUUCAUUCAAGAAAAUGGCAGCAUUAUCCACAUGCUCAGAUCCAGAGAGGUGUAAGCAUCUGAGCCUGGUUAGGAUUUGACCCUGAGGUCAUGGGUUAUUUUCCCACACAGCCUGACUCUAUGAAGCCUGGCCCUGCUCCUCUGAUCUGACAGUGGAGAGGUGAUGAGGUCUGAUGUGUCCACGCUCACCGCUCGUCUUGUUUCUGGUGCUUUUUCACAACCUUUAUCUCUCUCUUCCCUCUUCCUCUCAUGCUCUCUCCCUCUCCUUUCCCUCUCUUCAUCUUUCUCCAUCUUCUUGCCCCCCCCCCAUCUCAUUCACUAUCUCCAUCUCUCCUCUCCCGUCCUCUCUUCAUUCAUCUCCCUCUCUCCCCCUCUGCCCUGUCUGAGGCGUCUGGCCAGCUGCAGCUGUGACCAGCGGUCAGGAGGUUAAGGCAAAGGUUGAUUGUCACACCCACCGGGUCACAGCGGUGCCUGGCUGUUGUGUCAACCUCUGAAUGGAGGGUUCAGGGGGCCAGACUAGGAGGUGAGCCCCUGCUACCCUGACUCUUGCUUGAGCUUGCCCUCUGUGGCAGCAGGGGUCAUCAGGGUGGAUCUGCUGCCCUGUUCCCCUCUCCCUGGGUCUCCCUGGGUCUCCCUGGGUCUCCCUGGGUCUCCCUGUGUCUCCCUGGGUCUCCCUGUGUCUCCCUGUGUCUCACUGUGUCUCCAUGUGUCUCCCUGUGUCUCCCUUUGUCUCACUGUGUCUCCAUGUGUCUCCCUGGGUCUCCCUGUGUCUUAAUGACCAUUGUUAUAAUAGCUGCUAUUAGAACAUAGUAUACAAUUAUCAUUCCAUUUUGCUCUCUCUUUCUCUCUCUCUCUCUCUCUCUCUCUCUCUCUCUCCCUGUCUAUCCCUCUCUCUCUCCCCCCAAUCUCUCUCUCUGUCUCUCUCCCCCUCUCUCUCUCCCUGUCUCCUUCUCUCUCUCCUGCUCUCUCACCCUCUCUCUCUGUCUCUCUCUCUCUCUCUCCACCCUCUCACCCUCUCUCUCUGUCUCCCCCGUCUCUAUCUCUCUCUCUCUCACUCGCUCUCACUGCUGUGCAUUUGCCUCCAGCUCAUCAAAGGGUCUCAAUCCAGGUUCUAACCUCUGGUUGCCUCUGCUUUCCUGGGAAAAGAUGUCACGAGAAGGGGAAAAUAGAAGGAGAAAAGAGAAGGAGAUAUUGAUGCACUCACCCAUGUCUAUAGCGUUGUUACAGUAAACAUCAUGUGCUUAUGCCA